UGUAAAAGUGGCUUAUUACAAUGGCCCCUUGUCGUCAAGUACUUAUGUGGUCUGUGCCAUCCAUAGCAGUUUUAUUGGGAAUUUUUUGGUUCAGACGAAAGAGGGAAUUUGCCAAAUCUGACCCAGGGGGAAGAGAAAAAAUAAAAAGUUUACAAGAAGAACUAGCAGAAGUCCUUAAUGCUGAGUUUGAGGCUAGAAGAGUAUCCCCGUUGGGUAAGGCAGAGCACUUCAUCAUUAAAUCUGCUCCUAUUGAUAUUGUUCCCAAUGGGACUGCCUCUCAACGCUCUUCACCACUUGAAUUGACAGAUGAAGAAGUUGAUCUAGAAAUAGAAAAGAUUAUUAGAAAAAAAUCCUUAGAGAAAGACAAGAAAAUGUCUGGCUUUGAAAAUCAACAUUUGGUGGUCAAAACCGACAUUCCAGAAACCCCAUUUGUUGUAAAAGAGACACCUAAUAUGUUUGGUUCCCUGAAAACUGAAAUGUCAUGCAGCAAGAGUGAAACUGAUGUUAUAUCUGUCAAUUCUACUGACGCUAAUGAUACCUCUGAUGAAAAGAAUGGAACACAGCUUGACAGUACACCAUUUGAAAAUAUAACAAAUGAUGAGAUUACAGUAGCUGAUACUGAAGAAUUAAAUAAUGAUAAUGAUAAUUUAGUCGAAAUACCUAGUAAUAAUGAAGAGAGUGGUAAUAAUAAUAAUUGUUUCUCUGCAACACAACGUAGACGUAUAUCAGAAAGAGAUUCUGCCAACCACAGCCCUGUGGACCCUAUGUUAGCUAGUCCAUCAAUGUGUCAUUUCUCAGAUAAUCACAGUGAGGGUUCAAGUGAUAGUGGCAAAGGAUGUUCAGAGGCAGCCAGCCCCCCACCAGCAAACAUAAACAUGGUUCCGUCUGAAACAGCACUGAGAAUACACCAAUUUGUAAUACCCCAGACCCUGGUUGGUCUUUUGAUAGGGAAACAUGGCUCUUUUGUUACACAAAUUAAAGCCAAAACUGGUGCAAUUGUUUAUGUUAGAAGACAUCCUGACUCUAUUAAACAAAAAAUAUGCGCAGUUGAAGGUACUCAAAGUGAAAUCGAAGCAGCUUUAGAUAUGAUAAGAGAGAAGUUCCCAGAAAAGAGAUUUCCCAAUUUCUCUCUUCAAGAAAUUAGUGCAGAAUUAUAUCAAAGACUUGCCCCUUUAGUACCAGAGUUCCUACAAUUGCAGUUGGUGGAGUCGGUGAAUAAUGACACGAUAAUGACGUGUCUGGUGAGCGCCGGGCAUUUCUUCCUGCAGCAACCACUUCACCCAACCUUCCCCUCUCUGCACGUGCUGCAUCGUCUCAUGGCCACCACAUAUCAGAAUCCGGACGUUCCGUCUCUACCGCGCCCUGUGAAAGAGGGUUCCAUAUGCGCAGCGCCUACAGAGAACAAUUGGUAUCGCGCGCAAGUGAUCUCCACAUCGGAAGAAAAUGACACGUCAGUCGUGAAGCUGGUGGACUUUGGUGGAUACCUCACCGUCGACAACGAUCAGCUCAAGCAGAUCCGCUCCGAUUUCAUGACUCUGCCUUUCCAGGCAACAGAAGCAGUUUUGGCCUUCGUGAAACCAGCAAAUAAUGAAGCCGAGUGGAGCGGCGAGGCUCUCCGCAUCAUGGCGGGCCUGACGGCAGGGCAGCUUCUGCACGCGCAGGUCGCCGGCUACGACGAGGCGGGCCUGCCGCUCGUACACCUCUACCUCACUCUAAAUCCGCAGCAAGUUAUAUUCCUGAAUAGAGAGUUAGUGGAACGCGGCCUGGCGGAGUGGGACGUGCCCGCGGACUCGUGAGCGACGCCGGGUUCCUGUCUCCCCGCCUGUACCCGCGACAUUAGCUUUAUCGACGCUGUCUAGUAAUAUGGGAUUGCAUUUCGAUUGACAUUACGUCCACUAAUACAAGACUCGCUACCCUACUGAAGCUUGCGUAUUGCGAAGUGCGAUGAGGCGUUACGAAGUGCGACCUCGCGUUAUGAAGUGCAUUCUUCUUUAUCUCACUUUACUUUGUAUGGAUUGUCACUUGUAGCUCUUAAUAAACGUUGCGUUUCGUAACAAACCUUUCAGUUUAGACUUAGUUUGCAGCGGUACAUGAGUGUUAACGUUUAAUAUCAGACUGGUAUCUGUUAUGGUGACCCAUUUAAUGUAAGUAGUUAAUUACGAAAAUAGUAUACUAACGUACAUUCAUACUACUAUAGUAGAGCUCCUUAAAAUUGUGAUGUUAUUUUUGCUUCUUUUUAUUGAUUUUUUUCUAAGCUCCCACAACUGGAACACUGAAUUUACGGUACGCUUAUGAUUGAACUACUAUGAAUGCGUAGAGUUAUAUUACAGAUUGCGUUUCGUAGUUUAAGGUUUUAAUAUAAUUAUGCGGCACCGAUAAGAGGUCAAUUUCUUUAUUUUAUGG